CCCAAGCAUCUACAGCCACUGUCGUGCCGAUUUCGCGGACAUUUAAUGGUGGAAUUCAUACACACAAUAUAUUCACGCAUAUUAUUGUAUAUAAACCAUAAUAAUAUAUAGAAUAUCAUACACGCCGUGCGGUCGUUUUCGAAAUAACUCGAUACCGGAAUCAGUUCGUUUUGAAAAGGUYCGCUGAUAGUGCCUAUAAUGAGUCGGUUACGUACGGUGUUGGUGUGCGCGGUGGCGAUUUUGGCGCUAGGCGGCCGGUCCAGAGCUUUUUGCGGGUUACGAUCCGCCGACAGCGACGGAGGAGGAAGCGUAGACGACUUCAUCACGUGCCUCAAGUCCAAGGCGAUCGUGACACUGGACCGCAUGUCUCGAGACGAUUCGUUACCCCUGACCGGUUCAGUGACCCUGGUCCACGGGGACUCAAGUCACCGCCGACAACGAUCGGAUCAGGGCCCAGUGGUUUCAGAACGUGAACUCCAGACCAAACCAGACGACACACUCAACCGCAUGCUUUACGAAAAGGCGGUCGGACUUCUCAGUGGUCGAGUUGUCAAGGUCGGUUUGCCCGAACUCACGCCAGACCAGUUGAGAACAGCCCUGGAAGAAGGUCGCGGAAAAAUGAAGAAAACCAUGGGAAUGAUGAUGACAAUGGGCGCCAUGAAGGCGAUGAUGAUCAUACCACUGGCGCUCGGCAUACUGUUUCUGAUGGCCGGAAAGGCGUUGAUAAUCAGCAAAAUAGCGCUAGUCUUGUCGCUGAUCAUCACUCUCAAAAAGCUCUUGUCCAAGUCUGGCGGUGGAGGUGGUGAGCACAUGAUUCACGAGUCGCAUUCGUCGUCAGGUUCCGGUUGGCCGUCGGGCGGAAGUUCGGGUGSCCAUGGAGGCUGGGACAAGAGGUCUUCGUCGUCGUUUUCAUCGGAAGCUGCUGCUGCCAGUCAGAUGUUGGCUUACAGAUCGUACAACAAGCCAUAAUUUAUUCUAUAAAUAUAAAAUUACAAAAGUACAAUUUAACACGUCAUUCGACACCGUGUGUGUACGUCACGCACCGUUGAUAUUGACACGAUUAUUUAUUAUAUUUAUUAGUAGUAUUUAUUAUUAUUUAUUGUCAUCGUUAUUAUUAUUAUUYUUGUUGUUCGUUUACGAAAGGAUAAUAUUAUCCACCUUUUUUAAUAUGCAUUAAGCUUCCGAGUCCUGAUACCACGGCGCUUACAGUAUCUACGUAAAAUAUUGUUUAUAAUAUUUAAAUGGAACGCUGUUUUUGUAUACUAAUAUUUUAGCCAUUUUAGGACACUAUAA